AUGUCUUCUUCAACGUGUGCCUUCAGUGCUAAUCUGAGCGCUAACCGGAACGGAAAUCUGCGCGUAGUCCACGGCCGCAGCAAUCCGAAGCUUGCCGAAGGCAUUUGCAAGGCUUUAGGUAUCCCGAUCACAGGUUGCCGCGUUGGCGCUUUCGCCAAUGGCGAGAUUAACUUGCAGGUCGUUGAGUCUAUUCGCGGAGAUGAUAUGUUUAUAAUUCAACCGACAUGCGGAAAUGGCAAUAUUAAUGUGAACCAGGCGGUGAUGGAGCUCCUACUCAUGAUCCACACACUGAAACUCAGUUCGGCCAGGCGAGUUAUUGCCGUUAUCCCCCACUAUGGCUACGCGCGGCAAGACCGCAAACAGAGCGCUCGCGUUCCGAUCAGUGCUUCUGCAGUUGCACGCAUGAUCACUGAACUCGGUGUUAAUGGUGUUGUCACAAUGGAUCUUCACUGUGGACCAAUUCAGGGCUUUUUCCAUGGCUGCCCUGUCGCCGACCUCAGUGCAACUUCUGAGUUCGCCGCGUACGGUAAAAGCAAAAUGUUUGAUACAAAGGAGCUCGCCAUUGUCGCUCCUGAUGCCGGUGCCGUAAACCGAGCGCGACGCAUGGGUGACCGCCUCGGCGCUCGCCGCAUCGUAACAAUCUUGAAGCGGCGAGUGGAGGCAAACGAGGUGGACAGCAUGCAACUUGUCGGUGAGGUGAAGGGAUGUACAUGCAUCAUCGUGGAUGACAUGAUCGACACCGCUGGCACACUUUGUAAGGCGGCACAGGUGCUGAAGGAACAUGGUGCGAAAGAGGUUCACGCGUGGGCUACGCACGGUAUUUUGACGGACCCCGCAUGUGAGCGCAUUAAUGACUGCCCCGCACUCGUGGAAGUGGUGGUGACGGACAGUCUCCCACAGGAUGAAUCCCUACAGAAGUGUUCAAAGCUGAAAAUCAUUUCCAUUGCCAAGCUUUUGGCAGAGGCAAUUCAACGCAUCCACUGCGAAGAGAGUCUCGAGCGCGUGGGUGACAUGUCAGCACCAACGCCACAUGACCAGGACCUUAUCUCCGUGGAUGCAUUGGUUGAGGAUAGUGAUUGGUCAGCCGCUUUGCAACCUCACAUAAUUAAGCGAGCAACCGGUGCCACUCCAUAA